AUGCCUUCAACAAACGGCUCAGAAUAUCGCCAUAUGCGCAGUGGCAGCCUCAAUAUUCAGCAACAGAAUGGUCACCCCAGUCCCAUUAUGAGUCCAAUGCCCUCCACCGCAUCCACUGCCUCCGCCUCUGCCUCCGCCGCAAGGUUCGACGGCCCGCGGAGUCCACCAAACACAUCACACGUUCCCUGUAAAUUCUUCCGACAAGGCGCCUGUCAAGCCGGCAAUGCUUGUCCUUUCAGUCACGAUCUCGGUGCCGCUGCCGAGAACAUUUGCAAGUACUUUGCAAAGGGCAACUGCAAAUUCGGCCCGAAAUGUGCCAACAUCCAUGUCCUCCCCGACGGUCGACGCAUCAACUACGGCAAGAAUGGUGUCACCAUUGGUACCUCUCCGAUAGCCCUGGGCGGUCGCAUCAACCCGACCUCCGCAGCCAACUACCACCCGACGAGUGCCCUGACUUCCGGCCUCUACCGUGAAGGCGUCCCUCCCUAUACCUCCGCAUACCCGUACGGCGACGAGAGACAGAACCAUUUGGGCGGCCCGCCAAAUCUCGAGAACGGCCUGCCCACCAUCGAUACCACCUACUCUCAUCCCGGCUCCAACUACGGCUCGCCUCGCGAUGAGGACGCGUCCCGAUUCGGCCUCGGCCUGUCUCCCAUCAACGCCAAUGGCCUUUCCGUCCUCGAUGCGCCACUUCCUGCAUCUUUCGAUUCCCAGGGCAUGUCCAACGCCGCCCGCUUCCCCGCCGCUCCGUGGCCCUCAUCCGUGCCCUCCAAGUUCGGCAUCGAAUCUCCCACCCCCUCCUUGAGCAACGCCAAAGACUCGCGCACUUCCGAGACUUUGAAGAUGCUCCACACGUCUGCCUUUGGUGGCAGUGAAUACCUUGCAGCUGCCAACGUGACCGCUUCCAGCAGCCCUCCCAGCCAGCCCGAGGAGUACUUCGGCAAGCGCACCAUGCACUCGAGCCGAUACGCGAAGCCCAAGAUGAUGAGCUCGAGCAUGCCCAAGACGACCGCCGUGGAUCACGACUGGGAGGCCGACUUUGGCUUCUUGGAGGAGGACUGCGUGCCGCACAACUUGCAGGAUCUCCUUACGCCAACCGAGAAAGCUCGCCGCGGCUCCCUGCGUACCGUCGAUGGUGAGCCGGGCAGUGAGAAUGCGACCAAGUUCGGCAGCCCUAUUGGCGGCGCAAGCCCGAGCAGAUGGGGUCCUUUGUUCCAGCGCCAAAAAGAGGACGAGCUCGGCACACACAAGCAUGGGCCCUCGGCCUUUGGACACGUCGGCAGCCCUCUCCGAAACUCGCUGCUCUCCAACGAAAUGGGCCACGGCGGUGCCAUGGCCCGGCCUAUCGGCUCUCGUGCUGGCAGCGAGCCCAUGUCCACCCUCACCCAGCAACUCCAGCGAACCCGCCUGGGUGAUGACGGGAGCGCCAGCCCGCACUUACACCCCUUGGCCGCUGCCGGUCGCGCCUCGAGCAUCGGUGGCGCUGGUCCCAUCGGAAAGGAGCGCGAUCGCAUCAUGGAGCGGCACGUCUCGAGCGGGUCCAUCAGCUCCUCCGUCACGGGGCGAUAUACCACCCCUAUCGACGAGGAGGACCCCGCCUUUGUGUUCAACAUGGAAGAUGAGGAAGACCAGUCCCCAGCCCGCCUGCGCAAGAACGGGUCUGCCGGCUUUGGCAUUGGUGGCGGAUGGAGCUACGCCAACGCCCUCUCCAACAAGGGCGCCGCGUCUGCGUCUGGUCUGGCCAAGGACCAACGGGAACCAUCGGUCAGCGUCGAGACUGUGGGCGGGCGCUGA